UGCGUCAUUUCCUGCUGUAAGCUGCAUGAUGGCGGUGCCCAUGGCUGGUCUGGCACAUUGACGUCGCCGGCAGGUGUGCGCUUUGUCCUAUCGCUUAAACUCUAAACACUGGUCGUGUCUCUUCAUAACAGUAGCCGAAGUCAUCGCCAGUGAACAUUGAUGAAGUGAACUGAAGGUAAACGGCUAUAUGUGCUCUCACCACUCCGCGCCGCUGUUAGCUGUUAGCUAAGAGUUUACUACACAAGAUCAUGGCGCUCCACAGACUGUCCUUCAGACUACGGCAAACGGUAACACAUGUCAGGACCCUUCAUACCACUAAAUGCAGGCAGCAGCAGGAGUCUUUGGCUGCAGAGUCAGAACCUGAGCCUUUCUCCAUUUUCAGAACGCGGGAAAACGAUCCGGCGAUUCAGUCUGAGAAAAACAUCGGGCAGUAUUACACUCUUCCUUCUGCACACAUCCGCACUGUGUUCCCUCAUGGCCUCCCCUGGCGCUAUCAACAACAGAUGAAGACGUUCAGUGAAGCCUGUAUGAUGGUGAGGCAGCCUGCUCUGGAGGUCAUGUCUUAUCUGAAGAAAACAGACUACAGCAAACCUGUGAUGCGAUAUGUAUUGUAUGGGGGGAGGGGGAGUGGGAAGACCUUGUCCCUCUGUCACACAGUCCACUACUGCUACACGCAGGGUUGGCUGGUGCUGCACCUUCCUGACGCUUUUCGCUGGGUAAAGAAUUGUAAGGAGCUGCUGCCAUCGUCGUUUAACACCUCUCGCUUUGACCAACCAUUACAAGCUACAGAAUGGCUGCGCAAUUUUAAGAUUACCAAUGAGCCGUUCCUUUCAAAGAUAAAGACAAAGCAGCGCUACGUGUGGACAAAGAGGGAGUUCACUGAGGAGGGAAGUCUAUUAGGACAGCUGGUGGAUCAGGGUAUAUCCCGUGUGAAGAGCAGCAGCGAUGUAGUGGGGGCCGUGAUGAAAGAACUGAAGCUGCAAAGCGGGCAACCAGAGUCAAACUUUCGCUUAGCUGUGGCGGUGGAUGGUGUCAACGCCCUUUGGGGACGAUCCACCAUCAAGAAGGAGGAUAAGAGCACUGUGGACCCAGAUGAGCUCACUUUAGUUCAUAACAUGAGGAAGCUGAUGAAGAACGACUGGACUGGAGGAGCCAUCAUCACCACUGUGGCUCAGAAUGGGUCUCUCUACAUGUCAAAGUCUGCCUAUUUGCCUCAAGAGCUGCUUGGAGAGAAGGGUUUUGACUACAUGGACCCAUUUAUCCCGGUGUCCGUUGCAAACUAUAGCGAGAAGGAGUUUGAGAGCUGUUACCUUUACUAUAUGGACCGUCAAUGGCUGCAGCAUCCACAGUGCCGAACAGAGGAAGGAAAGAAAGAACUCGUCUUUUUGAGCAACAGAAAUCCCAAAGUAAUGGAAAGAAUUUGUUCUUCCCUAUGAAGUUGCCGAAAGACUUAAAUCAUCACACGCAUAAAAACACAAACGCCACACAGAGGAUAUCAAUGUCCUGCAAAUAAUAAACACAAAAAACAUUCAAAUGUCUUUGUCUACAAAGUGUAAAUUAUAAUGUAUGUGUGUUUACUUUGAUAAUAAAAUGUUAAAGAAACCACAGAAGCUCUUUAAAAAUGA